GUCGGCCUAGACAACCAAGGCAGGAGGGUGAACCCUGAAGACGUUGCCGUCGCGCUCGAGAUGGAGGAUUUCCUGUUCCGCCCAGUCGACCACGUCGCCCACAUGCAGAACCUGCUCGACGUGGUGAUGUCGUGGUCGGGCAACAUCGACGAAGAGGCGGUCAAGACGGCCAUUGAGAGUGGUGGGCCACAGGCAAUGGCGGGCUUGCCGGACGUGCUGAAGAUUCCUCAGGGAGCGCUUGCGAGUGUGAAGGCGCAGUUCGUUGUCCAGCGAGCCAGCGUGGGGCGGUACAACGUGCUGCGCCACUUCAUCUGCAAACGCGGUAGCAACCUGAAGCGUGCGGACGCGCACCUGUGCACCUUGGGCCAGUCGGCCACGUGUCCUGCGGCCGAGGAAAACAACACGUGGGGCCAGCGGAGGAACUUCAACGCGAUGCUCGACCGCCUGCCUGGCUUCCACGUUCGCCAUUUCAGCGUGACUCGCAAGGAGCACCCCGAAGAGCAGCAAGGGAAGGGGUGGGGCCCCACACCAGAAGAGAUCCGCGACGGCUUCGCAUACAUCCGCGAGCACUACCAUGAGAUUGUCGGUUCGAGUGCGAUCGAAGCUAAGGAGUGGGUGCUGCUGCAGACUAAGGUCCGGUCGAGCGCUUGCUCUGGGUGGCCGACUAGCCAGAUCGAGAAGGCGUUGGUGAGCAUGGACAAGGCAUCUGCAUCGGCCAACGUAGACACCUUCUUCCCGCUGACGGUGGGGGAGGCCCCCCUGUGCCAGAUCGCAGCCUUGGCCUGGGGUCGGUGCGUGACGCGGAGCAAGGGCAUCGACAAAAUGCCUGGCUUCCGGCGCGGCAAACAGAUGGAUGUCUUCCUGGACAUGGCGACUCCUGUGUACGAAGGCAUCCUGCUCGACGAUCCCUCUCUGGACCGCAUUGACGUCGAGGACCUGGAGGCUUUCGGCACAUUCCACGCAGCCGGUCAAUUCCACGCGGUUCUCAGCAACAGUUGGUCGGAGGAUGCUGAGCCGCUUCCAUCGGCUGGAUUCUUCGUCGACCCGCAGCUCUUCAUGAAGAUGCUCGAGAACCUCUUCGGCUACCUGGGCCAAUCGCGCGGGCUUGCCCUCGCCGAGCGGUUCGUGCCGGUCGUCGUCGGCAGGGCGUCCUGGCCGGCUUCUACCAGGGCAUGGGCCAUGAAGAAGACCUCCGAGGAAAUCGCCUCGUGGUUGGCGAACCGCACGGCCGACCUUCUAUCGUCCGCCAGCGCCGCGCCAGCCGCGCCCUCGAUUCACUGCGUUCCCGAGACUGCUGGCACGCCGGCGUCCGACUCCGGCGGCGUGCGGGUGCGGGCGGAUGCUGACGGCCAGUAUCGCUUCCGCCUGCCUGCCGCGGGGUCGCUGGCCUCGGCAGGUGUGUCGUGCCGCGCGUUCCGAUGCCCUCUACCCGCGAAGCGUGAGCGCGUGGAGAUGGAUCCGGCCGACGCACCUGGGGGCCCGAGGCCGAAGAGGGGGCCCAGCAGCGCCGCUGCGGGGCAUGCACCGGGCAGCGCCGGCGGCGCCAGGUCCGCGUCGGGCGCGGUCGCGAUGCCGAAGAGGGGGCCCAGCAGCACCGCUGCGGCGCCCGCCGCAGCCAGCGCCAGCGGCGCCGUGAUCGACCUCCUCUCAAGCGGGGGCGAGAGCGGGGCCAAGAGCGAGCCGCCCGCCCGCCUGCCGCAGGGGGCUCGCCUGUGCGACAGACCACUCGGCUCCGCCCUGUCGAUGCAGGUCCGCCCCGAGAAUGUUCUGCAAUGCCCGAACUGCUGCCUCCUGGAUGCUCUCAACGCCGUUGGCGUUCCCGUGCCCUGCGAUCGCGCGGGCCCCUACGCUCUGGGUGAGGCAGAGGCUAUGAUCAGCCUCUUCGGUCUGUCGUUUCUCCGCUCGCGACCCUGGUCGGCCAGGGGCUCGCAGACUGCGCGCUACGUCGUCGUUUGCGAUGCCGCGCCCGGGCGCCCAGGGCACGCCGUCGGCGGCAUUGUAGAGAAAGGCCGCGUGCAUUUCUUCGACGGCCUGCGAGAGCAGAUCAGCGUGGGCCAUUCCGCCUGGCACCUGCUGCCCGGCGGCGCGCCCUCGGAGAGUUGUGAGUGGUACCAG